UUAAUAGAAAAUUCUCUGAAAAUCCAGAAAAUGACAACAUCAAGUUGAAAAAGAGUGAUGCAAAUAUCCUCUUUGGUGAGAUUUUAACAGAUGUUAAACAAGGAGAUAGUAAAGUAUAUGAGAUAGCAAUAAAUGUAUUGCUUUCUUGUAUCAGAAAUAAAAAUUUAGCAAAGUUGUUACCAGAUGAGCAAAAACAUGAACUGCUUAAAAAUGUUAUUGGCCAGAUCCAGAUAACCCAAAAUGAAGUGUUAAAAGCGAGUUUUACAUUUCUGGCUGAUGUGUCAUCUGUCAUAAAAUUUAAUGAAGAUAUGCUGAAAGAUCUUUUAGAAAAUGUUGCUGAAAUAAUAGAGAAAAAGAAUAUACCCAUUUCAUCUUAUUUGUGUACUUGUGUAUAUAUUCAAAAAUUUGUGACACAGCAUAAAGAUAAAGUACCAAGUUUCAUGCCUAUUCUUUCCAAAUUGGUUUUUCUUCCUUUGAGUCAUUCUUCUGGUGAGGUACGAAAGGUGGCCAUGAAAACUCUUGAAAUUUUCCCUAAGCCAGUUCUCGAAACACACAAUGAAAUUAUUACCUCCAGUCUUCUCAAAUUUGUUAGAGAAACGUAUUCCAAAGAGAUGCUGUUAUUGUUCCAGAAGAAGCAAGAACUGUAUGUUUUGAAAAUCUGGGGGCAGCUUGUUAAUGCUUUUGGAAAAAGUCUCCAUACUAAUUUGAAGAAGAUUACUCCAUUUUUCCAUGUCAUAGAGCAAGGGUUUAAAGCAUCUUCUGAGGAUGUGAUCAUAGCUUCAUUUUCUGCAUGGAAGAAUCUCAUUAAUAGCUUUACUCUAGAGGAUGGUGUGUUGAAUGAUUCCAAAAAGUUACGCUUUGUUCUUAAGCCAUUCCAAAAUAUAUCCAGAUUCAGUGAAAAAGUUCUUUUAAAUGUUUGUGACACGUGGUGGUAUCUUGCAUGGAGUUUAUCUAAAGACUUAUCUGUCAGGUUUACUGAAGUGUGCAUUCCAUUAUUAGAAUUGACAGUAGGGAAGAUAUCCUCUGCAUUACCUGAGCGAUCAGUCCUGAAAGGAGUUCACAAUUCAUUAAUCAAGAGAGGAUUAUAUAUACUUCUUCGGUUAUUGGAACAACCUGAAAAUUCAGCAUUUAAUAAGCUGUCUAGUCCAAAAAAAGUUACUUCUAUUCCUUACUAUUCUUUGCAAAUUCCAUUGGAUCCCAAAGUAAUAAUGCGGCAUUUCAAGGAAAUUAUUUAUGUUGUCCAAAUAGUAGUUGAAUUUUUUGGUAAUGUCAAAGACUUAAUGAACCACAUCGAGAGUCUGAUGAAAUCUCUGCUUUGCAUUGUGUCGUCUGCUAGUGAAGAUGGAAAUAAAGAAUCUUUAAAUCAGUUUUUAUGCAUGAUUAGUGACUUUAUAGUGAAUAGAAAAUGUCAUGCUUUUGUCUGCCUG